AUGAGUAACGAAGAUGAUGAAUACAAGAGAAGUUUAGAGAUACAGCGAAGAAAUUUCGAAGCUCAAUUUGGAUCCUUAGAGGAUAUGGGGUAUGAAGAUAAAACAAAUCAGAAUGAAGAGGAAGAAUUUACAGGGUUUGAUAGUGAAAAUCUGGGGGAGUCCGAUGAGAUGGAGUUAAAUAAUAUUUCUGAGGAACUGGAUUUCACUAGUGAUUCCGAGAUAGGUGAGUACGAAGAAUAUGAGGAGGAAUUCAACGAGCCAAUACCGAAGCCAAAAGUUGUGAAAUUAAAUUUGUCAACGUCAGAACAAACACCAAUCAUCACAUCCAAAAAAGAUAAAAAACUACUAAAAUCAGGCCGUGCAGCGACAGUAACUGAAAUUGAAACUGCAAAUCAAAAGGCAUCAAAACAAACAGCCAAACAAUUACAAAAGUCUCAAAAAGAAGAUUCAGAAAAUUUAGAAAAUGAUUUGAAAUUACAAAGACUUUUGAAAGAAUCGCAUAUCUUAGCUAAUAAUAAUCAAUUUAGUGGUGUUGAUUUAACUUUAAAAACAAUAGAUUACGAUGAUCCCACUGGAAAAGGUAGGAAACGAAUAUUGAAUUCUCGAAUCAAUGAAUUAAGUUCUACAAAUAGAACCAAAGAAAAGAAACUUGAAUCAAUGCCAAUGAAAAUGAGACAAGGUAUGAUAGCUAAACGAGAUUCAAGAAUUGCUAAAUAUGAAAAAGAAGCUCGUGAUGCGGGUAUUGUUUUAUCUAAAUUAAAGAAGGGUGAAGUCAGAGAUUUGAAUAUUGGUAAAGGUACAACUUCUUCAAUGGAUAGAUUAGGUAAUGGAUUGAAAAAGAAAGAUAAAGUCAACAAGAGAGAUAGAGGGUUAAAAAUUAAUGGAGUUGGUAAAUCUACAAGAAAUGGAUUAAUAAUAUCACAGAGUGAUAUUGAUAGAAUAAAUAAUAAAGGCAAACCAAAAUUUAAAAAACGAAAAUAA